AACAUGACAAGUACAUUUUAUGAAAGAUUAUCCGGCGAUUUCGAAAAAAUUUUUAAAGAUAGUGAAAAAUAUGAUGCCGUUAUUGAAGUUGGUGAAUUUCCCAUGAACCAAUCCUAUGCGGCUCAUUCAAUAAUUCUGCGUCAUC